AUGCAUAUUUCAUCACUUUAUCAAGUCAACGAACCAGUUAUCUUUGGUGAUGAUGAAGGCUUAGAUCCUCAACAUGAGACUGCUGAGGGAAACGCAUCUACUAAAGAUGCUGGUGAUUUUAAUUCUAUGAGAACGAUAGAGGUGAAAACAUAUACAGAAGUUUCAGCAGUUCCAAAAUCAGUCUGUUAUGAUAAUUUCACAAUGUUAAUCCAUCUCAAGGCUCCUCUCACAAGUGGAAGACAGAAUAGGAACCAGAAUCAUGCUGAAUCGCUACAAUCGUUUCAAUAUUCUCGUGCUCUAGUUGAUCUCGUUAGAAUUCUUGAUGUUAGUGGCAGCAUAUCUGGUACAAAGCUUGCUUUGCUAAAACGAGCAAACGGGGUUUGUAAUCCAGAAUGUUGGCCCACCUGA